UCCAAAAUCGAAUGAAUGAGUAAAUCUUGUAACUGUAGACGAUAGAGGACGUGUUUGAAUAUGCAACGUAAUCAAUCUCGUCCUUAAUUUCGGCGUUUUAUCAGCAGUCCGCGAACUUUUUACAUAACCAGCGUACAAGUGAUUCUGACGUGAUUGCUUGUGUUCUCAGUACAAGGAUCAAGGUUUGAUCGUUUCGAUAAUUGUUGCGAAUAUCGUAGUUUCGUAGUCAUCCCACAAUUCCUGGUUUGUUUCGCGUAGUCGGUGUGGUUCAGUGCACUUUCUGUGAUCGUUAGAAUAGGAGCAAUUCCAAUAAUGUCCGAAACUAAAAAGUACUCCUUGGCGGAAGUCAAAGCUCACAAUGACAACAAUUCUAGUUGGGUGGUUAUCAACAACAACGUAUACGAUGUAACGCCAUUUCUGAAUGAACAUCCCGGUGGUGAAGAAGUACUGUUGGAACAGGCGGGUAGGGAUGCCAGUGAUCCUUUCGAGGAUGUGGGACAUUCAUCCGACGCGAGGGAGUUAAUGGCUAAGUACAAAAUCGGUGAACUGGUUGAAUCCGAGAGGAAGCAGGUGAAAGAGAAGAUUCCCGACUGGUCAUCAGGAAAUGAAACUGCAACGACAGACAGCACGCUGAAGUCUUGGGUUAUUCCUAUAAUUCUUGCGAUAAUCGCAACUAUUGUCUAUCGUUUCUAUUUCUUGUCAUAAUGUGUUCAAAGGUGCAUUUAUGGUUUGAAGGGACUCUUACUCUUAUUGUAUAGGUAUAAAUAUAUUUUGGUAUAAAUAUUUCACAGAUUUUAAGUAUAUGAAUUGUUUUUAGUGUUGACAAAUUUUAAAACUUUAUAUAUUAAUUCAUGUAAAACUUUAUACACACUUGAUACGUUUUCUCAAGAUCGGUGCUUUGGUAACACAUUCCUAUUUGAAAUAAUUCCUUGUCACACUAAAUUCUUCCUUGAAAAGAAAUAUUUUGUUUGUUAAAUAAAAAUAUGAGAAUAAAUAUGAAGAAUAUUCGACCAACGUAAAAUCUUGGAUAUUUACAUGAA